AAAUAAAUGAUGAAUGAAGUUUCAUUUCUGUGUGUAGCUAAUCUCCCUUUAAAUGCAUUCUCACCACAUAGACAACACCUGCAACAGUCCUGCUAAUAUCUUGAUAAAUAAAUAGCAGACCCCCUGGUUAACAAACAAUGUUUAUUAUUGAUGCCAUGCAUACAGGGUAAGAGAAACGAAAAACACAGCGAAGAAUCUGAGAGUCAAUCUCAGUGUUUUCCUCAGGCUAUUUGUCAACUGAUGAGCUUUGAGCAGCUUUGGGAUUUAGUGUGUAUUAUGAGAAGGGAGGGACGGAGACGGAGCAGCAAGAAUAGCUACUGCCAGAGAGCUGAGCGCAGGGGUGGGGAGAGCAGCAGCAGCAUCGUCGAGCAAGACGCAGAAAUAAUAGUGCAUGUGAAUUAGCCAAAGUGGAUGCGGCGGCGUCACUGACAGGCACAGAGUGAAAGUGAGAGAGUGAAUGACAGAGAGGCACUGGAGAAAUACGCAUGUGUGAGGAGCAGAGGAGGCACGGCUGAUGUAUUGACUUCAGGCAUUUUCAUGCUACACAUUCAGCCUCGAGAACGGCUGCUUCUUUGACCAUUAACACGUGCACAGAGUCACAGCAUCUGCAGAGGGACACGCAGACACAGAUAGGCUCCGAUCCAGUGGACCUGUGGUCAUGGCAGAAAUAGAUUCUCUCAGUGAGGCUCUGAAGGGUAUCAGCGUCAGUACAGAGCUGGUGGAGGAGGAGCUCAAACCUCAUCUAGAUGUUCUGCUAAACCUCCUAUUGGAGAAGAAAAAAGGAACGGCAGAGAAAAUCGCUUCUUGUGGUGUUCUGCCCAUAUUGGCUCAAGUCCUGAGGAAGAAGAGUCCCCUAACCUCCCAGGUUACACUGCUGGUCGCAGAGAUGGCCAGGGAAGCUUCUGUGAGGGAGCGUUGUAUUCAAGCGGGUCUGGUAACUGCAUUGGUGCCUUUACUGAACAACUCAGACCAGGAGCAGCUAUUGCACACUGGUCGAGCAAUCGGACGCAUCUGCUUUGAAAACGCCGUUCAGCAGACAAAGCUGGUGGAGAAUGGAGUCAUUCCCAGGCUGGUGACCAUAAUGCAGCAGUAUCCUGAGAAUGACCCGCUGGUAAACGUCUGCCUGCUGGCUCUCUGCAACCUCGCUGAUGUGGAUGCUGCACGAGAAGCUCUGGCAGAUGUCAGCAUAGCAGAAGUUUUGACCUAUCAGCUGAAACGAGCACCAGAUGCAGAACGUAGACAUCUUAUAUUGGAGGUUCUUGGGUCAUUGGGAGAAAGUGAUGCUCUGAAACUGCAGUUUGUGGAGUCAGGCGUACCUGAGGCGCUCUCUGAAAUGAUUCGAACCCUUCAGGGUGGCUCUGACAAACACGACCUCUGCAGCAUCAAAGUGGCUUCGAACCUUAUGGUGUCCCUUCUACUAGGAGAUGAAUCAAUGCAAAAGUGUUUUGGGGAAGGGAUGGGGAGAGUCUAUCAGGACGUUCUCUCUUGGCUGCAGUCGACAAACACUGAGCUGCAGUUGUCAGGAGCUCUGGCCAUUGCCAACUUUGCCAGAAAUGAUAGCAACUGUGUAAAGAUGUUGGAGUUGGGGGUCGUUCCUCAUAUUUUGGACCUGUUGGAGCAGCAUGUAACAGAAGGAGAUGUUUCUGUUCAGCACGCCGGCCUCAGUGCACUUAGAAACCUCGCCAUUCCAGCCUCCAAUAAGGUGCAUAUGUUGGAGGACGGGGUGACGGAGAGGAUCAGGACACUUCUGCGCACUGACAUGCCCCCUGUCCAGUUCAAAUUGCUGGGCACUUUGCGAAUGAUGGUGGACGGCCAAGAGGAAGCAGCUUCAGUGUUAGGGAAGGAUGAGGUUCUGUUAGCACGGGUCAUGGAGUGGUGUGAUGCUAAAGAUCACGCCGGUGUCAGAGGCGAGGCCAAUCGUCUUUUAGCAGCUCUCAUACGACACAGCCGAAACCCGGAAGUCAUCCAUACUGUUAUUAAAGCAGAUGGAGUUCAACAUCUCAUCUCCAUGGCAACCAGUGAGCACGUCAUCAUGCAGAAUGAGGCUUUGGUAGCUUUGGCCAUUGCCUCGGCUAUAGACAUUGAAGCGGUUCAGGAACCAUUUCGGGAUGCAGAUCUUCUGCCCACAUUGCAAAAAAUGCUAGAUGAUCCUGUUGUUGCAGUGGAGGUCAAAUUCAGUGCUUUAGGCCUCAUCUGCAGCCUUGCAAACUCUGGCAUGCUACGGGACCAGAUGACUUGUCUAAACCUAAGGGACACUCUGUCCAAACUGUCUGCUCACACUAGCACAAAGCUUGCCAAGCAGGCUGACACAGUAAUUGCCGUUCUUUCAGAGACGGGCUAGACUUUAUAAAUGAUUACACAUCAGAUCAACAGCACGACCAUUGCAGACUUCUUCCACACUCAUCAUUUGUGACAUUUCAUCCGAACUUACACAGCAACUCCAUCUAGCUACGCAUGUAGUCAAACCAAAGCAAUACGCAUUUACCAGCCCAUUUUAGAAAAGAGAUAAAGUCAGCUUGUCCAUACAGUAUCUCAUUUGUUGUCAGCUGUCCUAACGACAGGAACACUUGGAAGACAGACAGCAAUGCUAACAUUGCAGUCUGCCUGUAUCAUCCAUAAAACAGCUGUAAUGAACCUGCAAACCACUAAAACAUGUCCAGGACUGUUUAUUCCACGAGUUUCUUGUCUGUUUUACAAUAACUAAAAAGUAAAUAUAUAUAAAAUAUCUGCAUACCAACGUGAAAUGAAUAAUGCAAUGAUAUUGUCCAUGAACUUCCAACGUUGAGAACACUAGAUCUAGCAAAUAAGCUGCUGUAUGAAGCUGAUUUAUAUUAAUGUGCUACACUACUUUCGAUAUGUGUUAAUAUUUUAUUUGUCCUGUGAUUUCUUGGGUCAGAACACAUGCUAAAUCAAUAUUUCAAGUUAUGUAAUGUCAAAUAACGGUUAGAACAGUGGUUCUCAAACUUUUUCACCGUGCGGCCCCCCUUUUGUAUGGUGCAUUCCUUCGCGCCCCGCCCCCCCUUAAGAAAAUUUAUGACAAGAAACUGUUUUAAAACUCAACAAAACAUAUUAUAUGAUACGAAGUAGUGCUGUUAGUUAGUAGUCUUAUUUUUUAUAGGUUUAAUUGCACAGAAUUCAUGAUAAAUUAAUUUAUUUUAUAAAAUGUCAUAAAACUGGGGCCCCCCUGGCACCAUCUCGUGGCCCCCCUAGGGGCCCCAGACCCCAGUUUGAGAACCACUGGGUUAGAAAAUACGUCUUGGGAUGUAAUGUCUAAUUUCAUAUCAUACUGUAGCUGGCCUUACUACUUUAGUUUUCUGGUGUAUGGCUUUUUGAUGCAGAUUUUUUGAUCAUGUUGAUCAUUUUAUUCUAGCUAGGCUACUUCUGAAUCUCCACAUCGUGAAAGCAAUAGCCAGAGACAUAUCAAGAAUCGUUCUUGAGCUUCCUAAAUUAAAAACGUGUCAAUUCUGUUGUUGUGUUUGCUAUCUAUCUGCAUAUAUGACGUAAAACAUCUCACUGUUCGCUUUAUUUGCUGUCAAGGUCAGAACUUGGAGAAUGGACAAAACACACCAAUUUUGUGACUAUACUGUGUCAGGGAUAGUAAUGCUUUGCUGAAAAUAAUGUAUACAGUAGCAAUAUAACAAGCUGAAUGUUGUUCAUGUUUUGAUGAUGGGUUCAGACGUGGCCAAUUAGAAAACAGAUUAAUGCAUCACUAAAGAUCGCCAUCAUGAUUUAGGAAGACUCUUCAGAGCUAGAAGGAUAGCACAAUCUCCAUUAGUCCAUGAGAACUGCUACGCAAAUGGAUACCAUUUUUAAAUGAAUAGACUAUUUUUGUGUGUAUAUUGUAUUACCAGAACUGCUUGUUUCUGGGAAUAAAGUGAAAGUAUAACAUACAA